CAACAUAGGCGAAACUUUAUGUGGGCUGUCACUUCGAUUCCAUCGUUGCAGUAAGAAGGAUGGGAGUCCUACUAGGGAAAAGCAUUUCAUCUAUACUUUUCUUUAUUAUACUUCUGUCAGAAGGACAUUUUAGAUGGGUUGAGGCCCAGCACUGUGUGUGGUAUGGGGAGUGCGGGGAGUCCGUGAAGGUGCCCGGAAAGAAGUACAACUGCAACUACACCGGUCCUGCCGUCCCGCUACACUCUGAGGGUUACGACCUUCUCACGGAGCUUUGUCCUGGAUAUGACUACGGAGACCGAAGCCUCUGCUGUGAUGUCAACCAGCUGCGCACUCUCAAAGGGAGUCUCGAGCUGCCCCUUCAGUUCCUGUCUCGAUGUCCCGCCUGUUUCGUCAACCUGAUGAACCUCUUCUGUGAGCUGACAUGCAGCCCUCACCAGAGUCAGUUCAUGAACGCAACCAAGUUCAACACGACCAAUGUAGUGGAAGUGCAGUACUAUAUUGGACAGACAUUUGCUAAUGCCAUGUACAAUGCCUGUAAGGACGUCGAGGCUCCAUCGACCAACGUGAAGGCCAUAUCGCUGGUGUGCGGGAAUGAUGCAAAGCACUGCAAUGCCACCAACUGGAUCCAGUAUAUGUUCAACAUUAACAAUGGACAGACUCCCUUUCCUAUCAUCCCAAUAUUCACAGACGUCCCAGUGAUGGGUUACGCUCCCAUGAACAACAAGACGUAUGCCUGCACGGAGGGCCUGGACGACGGCUCGGGUCCCUGCUCCUGUCAGGACUGCGCAAAGGCCUGCGGUCCCAAACCUGUGCCUCCCCCUCGCCCCCCUCCCUGGACAAUCCUUGGCAUGGAUGCCAUGACCGUCAUCAUGUGGAUCUCGUACAUGGCCUUCCUGCUUGUCUUUAUUGGAGGUGUACUGGGUGCUUGUUGUUACAGGAAAAGGACCGUCAUGUCUGAGUAUGGCCCCAUAUUGGACAGCAAUAACCCACGCUCUCUCAACGCUGACAAUCCUGACCAAGUAAACGCUUCAUGCUGUGAAACAUUGGGCGAACGCUUCGAGAAUGCUCUGCGGACCCUCUUCACCUCCUGGGGUUCCUUCUGUGUGCGCCGUCCCUCCUUGGUCAUACUGGGCAGCAUGAUACUGGUGGUCGCCUCCUCCGGCGGCCUGAUCUAUAUGCGCAUCACCACAAACCCCGUUGAGCUGUGGUCGUCUCCAACUAGCCAAGCUCGCCAAGAGAAGGACUACUUUGACAGCCACUUCGGACCCUUCUUUAGAACUGUGCAGCUCAUCAUCACCACUCCAGUCAAAGCCCCUUUUAUAUACUCCCCAUACCCCAUGGGAUCAGAUGUGCCAUUUGGAUCCAUCCUGGACAAAGAAAUCCUCCAUCAGGUGCUGGAUCUGCAGCUCGAAAUCGAAGGCAUUGUAGCCACAUACGAGGGUCAAAACGUCACCAUGGAGGACCUCUGCUUGGCUCCGCUGGCUCCGUACAAUAACAACUGCACCAUCCUGAGUGUCCUCAACUACUUCCAGAACAGCCAUGAUGUGCUGGACCACAGCAAAGGAGACGAAUUCUAUGUCUACGCUGACUUUCACAGCCACUUCCUCUACUGUGUCAGUGCACCAGCAUCCCUCAAUGACACCACUGUCCUCCACGACCCCUGUUUAGGCACCUACGGUGGCCCCAUCUUCCCUUGGCUGGCCCUGGGGGGUUACGAUGAAACAAACUACAACAACGCCACGGCUCUAGUGAUCACCUUCCCGCUCAACAACUACCUGAAUGACAGUGUCAGGGUGGGCAAAGCUCUGGCAUGGGAGAAAGAAUUCAUCACGCUCAUGAAGAACUUCAAAAAUCCCAACCUGACCGUCGCCUUCAGUUCGGAGAGGAGUAUUGAAGAUGAAAUAAACCGAGAGAGCAACAGUGACAUCAGCACCAUAGUUGUCAGCUACGCCAUUAUGUUCAUCUACAUCUCCCUGGCCCUGGGUCACAUCCAGAGCUUCAGAAGAGUGAUGGUGGACUCCAAAAUUUCUCUGGGUAUAGCCGGUAUCCUGAUUGUGCUCAGCUCCGUGUCCUCCUCACUGGGGAUCUUCAGCUAUUGUGGCAUCCCCCUCACCCUCAUCGUGAUCGAGGUCAUUCCUUUCCUGGUGCUGGCUGUUGGCGUUGACAACAUCUUCAUUAUAGUACAGACGUAUCAGAGGGACGAGCGGAUGCCCCAGGAGGAACUUCACCAGCAGAUUGGUCGUAUUCUUGGAGACGUAGCCCCCGGCAUGUUCCUGUCCUCCUUCUCAGAGACGGUGGCCUUUUUCCUGGGAGCGCUGUCCAACAUGCCUGCAGUGAGGACUUUCUCCAUGUUUGCUGGCUUGGCUGUUUUUAUUGAUUUCCUGUUGCAGAUCAGUUGCUUUGUCAGCUUGCUCGGCUUGGACGCCAAGAGACAGGAGGGGAAUCGACUCGACAUCUUUUGCUGUGCGAAGCUGCCGGAAGCUCAGCAAACAAAGACGGACAGCUUCCUCUUCCGUUUUUUCAAGAAGAUAUUUGCCCCGUUCAUCCUCACAGAGUGGGUGCGACCGAUCAUAGUGGCAGUGUUUGUGGGGAUGGUCUCCUUCAGUAUUGCUGUGGUGAAUAAAGUAGAACUGGGACUGGACCAGAAACUCUCCAUGCCUGAUGACUCGUACGUGCUGGACUACUUUAAGAACCUGAGCAUGUAUCUCCACACUGGAGCUCCAGUGUACUUCGUGGUAGAGGACGGCCUCAACUACACCAGUCCAGAGGGCCAGAAUGUUGUGUGCGGAGGAGUCGGCUGCAGCAACAACUCUCUAGUCCAGCAGGUCUACACCGCCUCACUCGUCAGCAACUACACAACCAUUGCCUUCACGCCGUCCUCGUGGCUUGACGACUACUUUGACUGGGUGAAGCCGCAGUCCACCUGCUGUCGAUUCUACAACAGCAGUGGGGAUUUCUGCAAUGCCACUGUGGUAAAUUCCUCCUGUCUUCACUGUCGGCCCAUGACUCCCAGUGGAAAGCAGAGGCCAGAGGGAGAGGACUUCUUGCGGUUUCUGCCCAUGUUUCUGUCAGACAAUCCAAACAUCAAGUGUGGAAAAGGUGGCCACGCAGCCUACGCAUCGGCAGUUGACCUGUAUCCCGACCACACGGGGGUCGGAGCCACUUACUUCAUGACUUACCACACCACCCUGAAAGAAUCCCCAGACUUCAUAGAGGCUUUAAAAAUGGCCCGAAUCCUGGCUGCUAAUAUCAGUCAGUCUAUAGACCACAAAGUGUUUGCCUACAGCGUCUUCUACGUGUUCUACGAGCAGUACCUCACCAUCGCGUAUGACACGGCUCUGAAUUUGAGCGUAUCACUGGCAUCCAUAUUUGUGGUGUCGACGGUGUUGUUGGGCUUCGAGCUCUGGUCAGCUGUGCUCGUCUGCAUCACCAUCGCCAUGAUCCUGGUCAACAUGUUUGGCGUCAUGUGGCUGUGGGACAUCAGCCUCAACGCAAUAUCCCUAGUGAACCUGGUCAUGUGCUGUGGCAUCUCGGUGGAGUUCUGCAGUCAUAUUGUUCGAGCCUUUUCCAUCAGUGUGAAGAAGAACAGAGUGGAGCGGGCUGAGGAGGCCCUGGCUCACAUGGGCAGCUCUGUGUUCAGUGGGAUCACAUUAACAAAGUUUGGAGGAAUCUUAAUCCUGGCACUUUCCAAGUCGCAGAUCUUCCAGGUCUUCUACUUUAGGAUGUACCUGGCCAUAGUGCUGCUGGGGGCCACGCACGGCCUCAUCUUCCUCCCUGUACUGCUCAGUUACAUCGGUCCUUCGGUGAACAAAGCAAAGGUGUUAGCAGCCAACAGCCGCUCUGCUGGAACAGAAAGGGAGCGCCUCCUCAACUACUAACAAGCUAUUUGGGACAAUGAACAAUGAACUAUUUGACUGUGUGGGUGUGGGCGUAAACCAUUUCUGUGAUUACUGACACACUCUUCGUUGCCACUACUAUGUGCGGAUUUAACUCAGGAAUAUACUUGGAAAUAGGAGUGCCAGAGGCCUUGUACAACUGCAAACGUAUUGAUUCUCCUCAGAAGACUUUGGACCCCAAUCUUUCCUCCUCACACUACAGGACAAGCAUUUGAAGCAUGAGCGACAUACCACUGACCACCCCCCCAACAUCAGUUACAGACAAACUCUGUCACUUCCAUAUGCUAUGAGCUGUUUUGAUUUGGGGAAACUCAAAAGGGUUGGACAGUUUUUUUUUUAUUUUUCAUGUUUUUAAAAUACAUACCAGAAACGAUGUCUAAAAAAGAAAUUAUUUUGAAACUUUUACUUAUGUGGGACUUUUGUAGAACUAUUUAAUAUCAUGAAUCCUUUACUGAAUUGAACACGGCGCUCACUGGAGCUGACGGAUACCCAUAGUGAUAUCAUAGGGCCUUAUAAUACCUGGCAAUAACAAUAUAUCCAGGGCUGUGUCUAUAUACUGUAUUAUAAAGCAGGACAGCUAGUUGUAACAUUUUCAUCUAGCAAUAAUGUGGUUCCUGUGCUGCUUGUAAACACUCGGACAGUGUGUGAACACCCUCAAAGCUGAAACUUCCAAGUUGUUUAAUUUAAAAAAAAUCAGUGUGAAAGAUACAGAGCCAAAACAAAACGGUUCUUACUCGUGCACACCGCACCCUUGGUAAGUGUUGCUCUCAACUGCAUUCAUCCUCAUCUUUUAUUUCCACAUUGGAAGCCAUUUUCAUGAUCCAGUGCAACAUUUCAUUAGUCGUUAGUCGAUGUAUUUAAAGUGUCCUUUUUCAAGUGUUAGAUUAUUACAUAAACCCCUGUGUGACAUCAGUCAUGAUUCAUGUGGAUGCCAGCUGAAAAGGGGAUGAAUAAUGGUUUAACAUUGAAGUGUAAAUGAGUCAUAUUUCAGUUACUGAACAGAACAUUUGUUGCUUUACAUUUAACUGUAAAUAGCUUACACAGGACUAAUUUAAAUUCAUCUUUUUGUCAUCUAGAGUGUAUCGAUACAGAAUACAGUAGAAUGUCAUUCCAACACAUUAGUUAUUUUAUUUAGUUAACUAUUAACAUUUAUUACCGUGCA